UUAUUUAACUAGUCUCCAGAUGGUGCCAGAAUAUAAUUGUCUUACAAAUAGCCUCUAAUACAAGUUACAUAAACACAGAUUAUGAUAUUCAUAGUAAUAUUGUCAAAUCACAAUCUGCUAUUUUACUAAGUUUUGCUGAUAUCUCUUUUUAGUAAAUAUGACAAUCUGUAGUUAAAAUGGACAUUGGAAAAACCUUAUACAGCACUUCUGUAAAAACUCCAACUUAGCUGUAGCUUUACACACUUUUAAAAACAAUUUUAUGUAUUGCUUGGCCAGUGUUACCAUAGAUAAUAAAUAGAUAAUAAUUAUUUGUUCUCAUCCAAUUUGGUAGCCAAAUUGGAUGAGAACAAAUUAUAGACUAUUGCUAUUCAGCAGUAUUGGGUACAGCUCCCUGUUGGAUAUAGUGCUUUGAUUGUUGAACUGAAUACCUCUAUCUACUGGAUCUGCCUUUUCCAUGAUCCAAAAGAGAUUAAUAUAAAGGAGAGUCAUUUAUGGUUCUUGAAUCUGCAGUCAUCUUUUAAUGCUUGAAGAUAAUUCAAAGCACUAAUUCUUUUAGAUGGAAAAAUGUAUUAUUUUCUUAAAAUCUACUUAGACUGAGCAUCCUUGCAGUAUAGUGUAAUAGAGCAAGAAAAGACAACACACACAUUCAAGUCUCAUAACAAAAUAUCAGUCUUUAUUUCCAAAACCUAGUUGAGCUAGUACAGGAUUAUAUAAUAUACAGGAUUGCAUAUAAUUAUAUCAGUUUUAUACAGAGAUCAAAUAUUAAAUAUAGGCUAGUUUUAUAGCCCAGUAUUAAGUUUCACAAAAAAUUGGUUCCAACUACUCUAAACCCUAUACCAAUAUCAACACUCAACAUUGGCUCUUCUGUACAAGUUCUUGAAGCUCUAAGAGCAUUCUGCAAAUGACCUUGAUUUGAUCCAAUCAUAUCAUUCUUUGUUUUUAUUUUUGUCCAUAUCCAGUAGUCUUGUUAAAUAUAAUUCAUUUUUCUAAUCCUAAAUGUCCAAGCUAUGUUUUUAUGUUACUUUAUAAUCCUUUUUUCUAAGUCAUUAUCAGAAUGCAUAACAUAUCUAAAAUAUAAGAAUUGUUGCCUACAGAUUAGCAUCAGGAAUAAAUGGGCUUGAUUUGUUCAAUCACUGAAAGGUUCCAACUGUCUCAUUUGGAGCUUGAAUUGAUCCGGUUAGAAGUAGUGGCAUGUACUGUACCUGUAAUCCAGCUAUUAGGAAGCUGAAACCAGAGAACAGCUUGAGAAGGGGAGAACACCUGUGCUGUGUUGAUUGGGAUGUCUGAACUAAGGACAAUGUCGAUAUGGUGGUCAAAAGAGAAACUCGGAUCAAAGGAGGUUGCCUAAGAGGAGCAAAUUGGCACAAGGUGGAAACACAGCAGAUUGUCUGUCUGAAAAUAAAUGAAUUCUCCAAAAGUGGACUAAAAGGGGGUACUAAGAAACAUGUUUUAACAGUAAGAAAAACUUCAUAAAGCAGAAAAUGUAUUUUUAUAUAAAGGGGUGUGUUAAAAUAAUUUCUUAUCAAUUUCCUUUUGGGAGGAGCCAGAUAUAACAUUGUAGAAGAUUGUUGGCAUUCAAUAAAUUAAUUUUAAGUAUGGAAUUGAAAACAUGCUACUUUUGAAUUUUUUGUCAUUUUAUUAAAAAUUUAAUUUGGCAGCAUUUAUAAUUGAAUGAAAAUGAACUGGUUUAUUAAUUUUAUUAUAAAAAUGUCUAUUUAUAAAUAUGUGUUCAUUAAUCUGAUUUGGCUAGUUCAUGGCAUAUCUCAUACAAAUCAAAAGAAUCAUGCUGUAGUAGCACCAUUUUUCUUUUUAUGUCAAUAUCAUAGCCAAACUAAUCAACCAGGAUUUAUGGAGGAAGAAGUUAUGUUGUCAGUACAUAUAAAAGGAAAUCCAGAAUUUUAUAAUCCUGGCCAAAUAUAUGAAGUGAUAGUUUCAUCUAGUUCAGCAUUUGAUGGAUUUAUGAUGACAGGGAUUUAUACACUUCCUGAUAGUACAGCUAAAUCUCUUUCCUUGGGUAGUAAAAAUCCCAUUCUCUCAAGUCAGUAUGCACAAGGACAUAAUAUGAUGUGUACUAUUGUUCAUUCUAAUUUGUUGCAUCAUCCUUCUAAGGCACUUUCAUUUUUCUGGAUGGCUCCUGUAACUGGUACUGGAUGUGUGGAUUUUUUAGCAACAGCAACAUUAGGUGAAGAAGUAUUAUUUAAAGACAUGCUUGCCUUACAGAUAUGUGAACAUGGCACUGAAAAAAAGGAAGAUAUACAACCAGAUAUGAAAGAAAUUCAUUCUGCUGCUCUUGUUUUAAGAGAAGAUUUUGAAUCUAGUGAUGUUUUUGAUCAGGCACUCUGGUCCAAAGUAUCAAGAGGAAAAUUGGAUAAUCAAUGUGGAAAUAUUUUACAUGGUAAAGCUGCUAGUUUUUGUGAAGAUUCUGGAUCUCGAUCAUUGGUUACAGUUCCCCUAAAUACAACAUUGGCAACAACUUUACAGUUUGCAAUUGGUAUUGGAAAUUGUUCAUCAUCAGCAAAUGAUCCAAAAAUAGAUAUAGCUUAUGGAGUCAAUAAAUGUAAUAAAUGGCAUAUUUUAGAUUCUGUACAAACUGAUACUUCAGCAGAAACUACUGUUCACAUUAUUUGUUUGCCUCCUGAAGCACGAUCAACAGAUAUAUGUUUUCGUUGGCAUCAACAAACUCCAAAAGUUGGAAGUAAUUUUCAAGGAUGUUGGGGUGUUGAUAAUAUAGUUAUCAACAGUGCAGCAGACUAUCCUAAAGUUUUACAGGAUGAUUUUGAUCCUAUUGAUCCUGGAAAUUGGUUAUUUUUUCCUGGAGGAAAAAUAAAAAAAAAAUGUCAAGCUGAUGGAAAUGCUUUAAUUUUUAAUGGGAAACAAUAUAAGAAACGUUAUAUUACUAGUAGGGAUUUGAAUCUAGCAAUUUAUCCAAUUAAAGAAGAUAUUUUGUUUUCAGAAGAAUUUGAUAAAACUCUAGGAAAAUUAUGGUUGGUUAAAGGUGGUGCAAUUGGACAGCAGUGUGGUAUUGUUCACAUAAAAAAAGCAUUAGUUAUGUCUGGAGAAGGGGUUCGAGAAGUUUGUACUCCAUAUCUUGAUAGUUCAAAUGUUGGCAGCCUUCAAUUUUACUUCAUCUACGGUGGAGAUAAUUGCAUCAUUGAUAAAAAAGGUAUCUCACAUAAUUCUCCAAUUAUGGUGUAUGCUGAAAUAAGUUCAGGUGAACAUGUUUUGUUAACAAAUGCCCUGCAUACAUCUGGAAUGCCUCCAUACCAUGUGAUGCUUCCUGUUCUUGAAGAAGCACAAACAACAAAGACAAGAUUCUGCUGGAAGCAAACAGAUUCUGCUCGGAAAAAUAAAAAUGUUUGGGCUAUUGAUUCAGUUACUUUACUACCAUGGUUACCGUCAUUAAUUACGCAUGUUGUACAAUUUAAAUUAAAUUUAAAUUGUGGAGAAAAUUCAUCAGAAAACAGUGUUGCUAUUGAGUUUUCAUCUGACCAUGGCCAUAAUUGGUAUUCUCUUCAUGAGUUGUGUUUACCUCCUAGUUGUAAUGGAAGUCAUUCUGCAUUGAAAUCACAAUUUUUUUCUUCUGAAUAUCAAGGUGUUGCUAUUGAGUUUUCAUCUGACCAUGGCCAUAAUUGGUAUUCUCUUCAUGAGUUGUGUUUACCUCCUAGUUGUAAUGGAAGUCAUUCUGCAUUGAAAUCACAAUUUUUUUCUUCUGAAUAUCAAGGAAUAAAAUGGUUUAUAGCUACAGAUCCUCCAUACCAUGUGAUGCUUCCUGUUCUUGAAGAAGCACAAACAACAAAGACAAGAUUCUGCUGGAAGCAAACAGAUUCUGCUCGGAAAAAUAAAAAUGUUUGGGCUAUUGAUUCAGUUACUUUACUACCAUGGUUACCGUCAUUAAUUACGCAUGUUGUACAAUUUAAAUUAAAUUUAAAUUGUGGAGAAAAUUCAUCAGAAAACAGUGUUGCUAUUGAGUUUUCAUCUGACCAUGGCCAUAAUUGGUAUUCUCUUCAUGAGUUGUGUUUACCUCCUAGUUGUAAUGGAAGUCAUUCUGCAUUGAAAUCACAAUUUUUUUCUUCUGAAUAUCAAGGAUGUGACAUGGGUUAUUCUGGAGAUUCUUGUCAAGAUGCUGCUCUAGCAUCACCUUCUGCCUUAUCAGAAAUGUUUCCAUCUUCAACUUUAAAAUCAUCUAAUAUAAGAGAGUUAGCUGGGGCUGAAAUAGGUUAUCAAUGUGGAAUUUUAAGAAGUGGAAAAGCAGUAGUAUUUAAGAAAGCAGGUCAACGACUGUUAUUGACUAGAGAUAUUAACACAACACAGAGUAGGUUUUUGCAAUUUACCAUUCGUGUAGGAAGCCCAUCAUUCAGCAGUGUUUGUUCUACUCCAAAUAAUCCCGCAGAAGCAAUUUAUAUUCAUUCUUCCUGUAAUGGAAAACUCACAUGGGAUCUAAUAGAAGUAUUAGAUUUUGCUAAAUUUCAGGAGCCAAGGCAUUUAUCAUUUCCUUUGCCUGAAUUUGCUCGAAAAAAUUCUUGUUAUUUUCUUUUUUGGCAACCUUAUCAUUCUGGAGAUGGAAACGAUGUGUGGGCAAUAGAUGAUAUUGUUAUUUCCAAUUCUUUGGAUAAUGUUAUAAGUUUGAAUUUUAGUGAUUCAAAAGCAAUAAAUGAAUCAAUUAGAUACAAUUUUGGAGCUGUGAAACAUCAUUGCAAAUCUGAUGGAAAAUCUUUAAGAUGCCAAACUGAUAAGGUUCAUUUAGAAUAUUCAACUAAUCAUGGAAUGAAUUGGCAAUUAGUUCAUAAACCUUGUCUUCCAUCUAUUGGUGGUUGUAAUGGUGUUUUUACAAAAGGAACUGUUUAUGAUCCAUCUGAGCAUAGAAAAUGGAAAAGAGUUACAAUAAAUCUUCCAUCUACCACAUGGUCAAGUUCUACCAGAUUUCGGUUUUUUCAAACAAAUUUUGAAGAAGGUGAUACUUGGGCAAUAGAUAAUUUAUAUAUUGGAUUGCAGUGUCCUGAUUUAUGCAGUGGUCAUGGCAGAUGUAUAGAAGGAACAUGUCUAUGUGAUCAGGGAUUUUAUGGAAAGAGUUGUCUACCAAAAGACAAAUUAAAAACUGUCAUUAAAAAAAAUUUUGAAAGCUCUCAAGAAGUUGAUCAAGAAGGAUUUGAGAUUAAUGGUGGAGCUGUUGUCAGUGCUGAAGAGGGAUGUGGCAUCAUCACAUCUGGAGGAACAGUUUACUUUUAUCAAGAUGGUAUUCGUCAAUUAAUAACAUCUGAUCUGGAUACUGAGUCUAUUGAUUUUGUUCAGUUCUUUAUAAGAAUUGGAGGAGGUGAUCCUUUAACAUGUAAUAAUGCUUCAGAAAGAAAUGAAAGUGUUCUCUUUCAAUAUUCAAAUGAUGCUGGUAUAUCUUGGUCUUUAUUAAGAGAACUAUAUUCAAAAAAUUAUCGUCAACCAAGAAUGGAGCAUAUUUCACUUCCAUUUACUGCAAGAACAAAAAGCACUAGAUUACGCUGGUGGCAACCUCAGCACUCAGGUGAAGGAAAAGAUCAGUGGGCAUUAGAUGAUUUGUACCUUGACACAAAUGAAAAUCAAGCUAUUCAAAAAUCUGGAAAAAGUGAUGUAUUAACUGAUGAGUCAAUGUGGUCAGCUAUGACACAAACUUCAAAUCAACUUUGGUGUGGAUCAAAAAAUAAAACACUUUUAUUUAGUGGUGAUGAAAGAACCAAAUUUGCAGUUAGCAGACCAUUAGAUUUAUAUGAAGGUCAAGUUAUAAUGUUUCAGAUUAGUGUAGGCUGUACAGAGAAAUUCAGUUGGAACAGUGCUGUUGCAUUUGAAUAUUCAUUAGAUGCAGGUGCAACUUGGCAAUUAGCAGUUCAUCAUUGUUAUCCUGAUUCAGGAUGCACAGAAGAUGCUCAUGAAGCUACUAUUUAUUAUUCAGGAUUAUAUAGUAAUUGGACUCGGGUUUUAAUACCUGUUAAACGAGAUUUUGCACAAAGUCAGGUUCUUAUUCGCUGGAUUCAAGAUGCAUCUGAAUUUCUCAAUUGGCCACCAGCACCAAAAUUUGCAUUGAAAAAUGUUUAUAUUGGCUCUCCAUGUCCACAUCAUUGUUUAGGUCAUGGAGAUUGUACAUCAACUGGUUGUGUUUGUGACAGUGGCUAUGAAGGUCCAGCAUGUUCACCAAUUCAUUCUAAUCCUUUUGGAUUUAUGGAUAGAUUUGAUCAAGGAAAUAGUUUGAAUCAUUUUUGGAUUAAAUCACUAGGAAGUUCUUUAAAUACUGGAUGUGGAACAUUAUCACUUGGAAAAUCUCUAUAUUUUGGAAGUGAUGGAUAUCGUCUGGCUGAAACAAGAGAUUUUGAUACAAGACAAAUUAGGAGUUUACAAUUUGUUAUAAGACUUGGUGACAAGAAGAAUUCUCCUACUUGCCAUAGACCACAACGAAGAAAUGAAAAUGUUUUUGUAGAAUAUUCAAAUAAUCAUGGAUUAACAUGGCAUUUAAUAAGAGAAAUUGAUUACAAAUUAUUUAGCACUAGAGCUGUAUCUGUUUCAUUAGAUCUUUCUAGAGAAGCAAGGACAAAAAGCACUUCUUUCAGAUGGUGGCAACCUUUAGGAAAAAGUGCUAGAGAUCCUCUAAGAGCUGAAUGGGCUUUAGAUAAUAUACUUAUAUUAAUAAGUGAUACUAAUCCAGAUGGAUUUCAAGACAAUUUUUCACCUAUACAAAUUGAAAGCUGGUUUUUGACACAAAAUGGUUAUCCCAGGCAAGGCUGUUUAUCUAAAGAUAAUGCAUUAAUAUUUUCUUCUGAAAAUGUUGCCACAGAACGUUAUGCUGAAACAUGGGAUUUCUAUCUUCAAUCUUCUGCAUUUUUGCAAUUUGACAUAAGUAUGGGAUGUAGCCAUCUUACAGAUCUCUAUUCAGUACAGUUAGAGUAUUCUAUUGAUAGAGGGCGUUCUUGGAGUCCUGUUAAUCAGGAAUGCAUUCCACCAGAAGUUGGAUGUCGUGGUUAUCAACUUGGUUCAACUUUGUUAUCUGAGAAGCAUGUUAACUGGACAAGAGUUACAAUUUAUCUACCUGACCGGGCAAUAUCACCUGCAACAAGAUUUAGAUGGAAAGAAAAUCCAAUGAAAUCUAUAGGACACACUUGGGCUCUUGAUAAUGUGUAUCUUGGUAAUGGAUGUCCAUGGAUGUGUUCUGGUCAUGGAUAUUGUGAUAUUGGAAAAUGCAUAUGUGAUUUUGGAUUUAUUGAGCCUUACUGUGUACCAAAAAUACCAUUACCUUGCGAGAUGAGAGAUACUUUUGACAGUUCAUCUGUUAAUGCAACAAAAUGGAUGGAAGUAUAUGGAGCUGAAGUUAGUAGUAGGUGUGGAGUAUUAGUUAGUGGAACAGCUUUGACAUUUUGGAAGGAAGGAUUAAGAAUGGCUGUUACACAGGAUCUUGAUUUAUCUGCUGCUCAAUACAUACAGUUUGUUUUCCGAUAUGGUUGUAGAGGUUCAAUUACUUCAAAUGUUACGAGAGCAAAUGGUGUUCUUUUACAAUACUCAAAUAAUGGUGGAAUAACAUGGCAUUUAUUAAAGGUGAAUAUGUAUAUAUAUAUUUUUUUUAAGUAUUUAUAUAUUAAAUUUAUUCGUUUUGGAUCAUUAGAAUGGGCAAUUGAUGAUUUUAUAAUUGGAGGUAUGAUUGUUAAUCCAAAUAUUUUAUAUGAUCCAGUAGAAACACUUUUGCAAACUGAUUCUUGGCUAUUUUGGCCUGGAAGUAGAGUUGGAUCUUAUUGUAGCAGUGAUAAAAAACGGCAAUCAUUAAUUUUUGAUUCAAAUGAAGGAGAAAGAGCAAUAUAUACACGAGAUAUGGUUAUUUCAGAAGAUACUGUUAUCCAGUUUGAAAUAAAAGUUGGAUGUGGAACAGUAACAUUACCAGAAGACCCUGUUCGUCUCGAAUAUUCAGUAGAUCAAGGAAGAUCAUGGAAUCUUGUUAAGGCAUCCUGGGUUCCUUAUAGUCUUAGUCCUAACUGCUUACAUCAAGUUGAAACACCAACUAUAUUUUAUGGUAAUGCUCAUUUAAAUUGGCAGAGGAUUAUAGUUCCAUUAAAAACUUUACAAAUCUGUGGAAAUGUGAGAUUUCGGUGGUACCAAGGAUAUUAUAGUCUUAGAGAUUCACCACCAGAAUGGGCUCUUGAUGAAAUUUACAUUGGUCCAAGUUGUCCUUUACAUUGUUCAGGUCAUGGUUCCUGUUUAAAUGGUAUUAUGUGUCUUUGUGAUAAUGGAUAUGAAAGCGAAUUCUGUCAUACUACAAUUUCAAAUCCAAGUUUUCUAAAAGAGAGUUUUGAAGGUACUGAAAUUGAUGAUACCAUAUGGAAACGAUGGAGUGGAGCAGAAAUUUCUCAUGGAUGUGGAGUUUUAAUAACAGGUGCCAGUCUUCAUUUUCGUUAUCAUGGUGAAAGGAUGUUGAUAACUCAUGAUCUUGAUCUUACUCAAAUCAGUGCUGUGCAGUUUUAUUUGAGACUUGGUUGUGAUUCUCGUCCAUCUUCUCCAGAAGAACAACCAGUAUUAUUUCAAUACAGCAAUAAUGGUGGAGUAACAUGGGACUUAUUAGAAGAAUUUGGAUUUGGUGAAGAAACUCAUAGUCCUUUUCCAGCAUACAUUGCAAUAGAGCUUCCUCAAAGAGCAAGAACUAAUUCAACUCAACUUCGAUGGUGGCAACCAUCAUCAAGUGGUAUCUUUCAGGAAGAAUGGGCUAUUGAUCAUAUUUUUAUUGGUGGUGACAUUAAUGGUUUGUUAGCAUUAAAUGAUGAUUUUACAACAUCUCAUGAAGCCAAUUGGGUACUUACACCAGGUUCAGUUAUGGAGCCAGUUUGUGGUGGAAGACAUAAUUUUCUUCAUUUUCGAGAUUCUGAUGAUACAAGAUAUGCUGUUACAACAGAUGUAAUUGUAUCUGAAACAACAUACAUUCAAUUUCAGAUUGCAAUGGGUUGUAAAGAAUCACCACUUUGUUAUGAAAUUUCACUUGAAUAUAGUACUGAUAUGGGGAAGACAUGGUCUUUGGCACGAAAACAUUGUCUUCCUUCUGACGUUGAUUGCAUGGAAUAUUUUGAACCAAGUAUUUAUUUUUCUGAUGUGUGUACUACAAUUACUCGAAUUACUCUUCCUUUACCAUCAUAUACAAGAACACACAAUACUCGAUUUCGUUGGAUUCAGCAUCAAGGUUUCAAAAGUUCUCAAACAUGGGCUGUUGGACAUGUUUAUAUAGGUGAUGAAUGUUCUUACAUGUGUUCAGGACAUGGAAGAUGUAGCAUGGGUGGUUGUUCGCAUUUGUAUCUUUCACUUAUGAAUUUAGAAGGAUUCUUCUCAGUUUUUUUUUUCCAUUUAUCUUAUAAUUACGAGGCCUGUCCGGAAAUUGAAAUUCAUCGUCAACUUGUAGAGAUUUAUGGUGAAAAUGUAAUGAGUGAUGGAAUGGUUAGAAAGUGGGUUCAACAAUUCAAUGCUGAAUGCACUGAUGUUCUUCACGAAGCAUGGAGUGGCUGGCCUUCUGUUGUCAAUGAUGGUUUGGUUGCAAAAGUGAAUGAAAAAAUUCCUGAAAACAGACGGUUCACAAUAAGAUUGAAUGUUAAGCCAGUUGAAAUUCAUCGUCAUCUUGUAGAGAUUUAUGGUGAAAAUAUAAUGAGUGAUGGAAUGGUGAGAAAGUGGGUUCGACGAUUCAAUGCUGGAUGCACCAAUGUUCAUGACGAAGCAUGGAGUGGCCGGCCUUCUGUUGUCAAUGAUGAAAUUUCACUUGAAUAUAGUACUGAUAUGGGGAAGACAUGGUCUUUGGCACGAAAACAUUGUCUUCCUUCUGACGUUGAUUGCAUGGAAUAUUUUGAACCAAGUAUUUAUUUUUCUGAUGUGUGUACUACAAUUACUCGAAUUACUCUUCCUUUACCAUCAUAUACAAGAACACACAAUACUCGAUUUCGUUGGAUUCAGCAUCAAGGUUUCAAAAGUUCUCAAACAUGGGCUGUUGGACAUGUUUAUAUAGGUGAUGAAUGUUCUUACAUGUGUUCAGGACAUGGAAGAUGUAGCAUGGGUGGUUGUUCGCAUUUGUAUCUUUCACUUAUGAAUUUAGAAGGAUUCUUCUCAGUUUUUUUUUUCCAUUUAUCUUAUAAUUACGAGGCCUGUCCGGAAAUUGAAAUUCAUCGUCAUCUUGUAGAGAUUUAUGGUGAAAAUAUAAUGAGUGAUGGAAUGGUGAGAAAGUGGGUUCGACGAUUCAAUGCUGGAUGCACCAAUGUUCAUGACGAAGCAUGGAGUGGCCGGCCUUCUGUUGUCAAUGAUGGUUUGGUUGCAAAACCUUGUACUAGACAGAUAAUUACCAAAGAUUUAGAUUUACGAAAUGCGACACUUGUUCAAUUCUAUUUUCGAUUUGGUUGUAUUACAUCACCAACAUCUCGUGAUCAAGGUGUUUUUCUUCAGUUUUCAACAAAUGGUGGUAUUACUUGGAAUACUGCUAAGGAAAUGAGAUUUGAUCAACAUGCAAAAUCUAGUUAUAUUGCUGUGCCUUUAUCAACUGAAUUUAAUCAAAAUGGUGUACGAGUUCGUUGGUGGCAACCUGAACACAAUGGACGAGCUCACAGUGAUUGGGCAAUUGAUAAUGUUUUUAUUGGAGGAUUAACAUCAGCACCUAUUAAUUUAAGUGAUUUAUGGGAAGGAAACUUUUUAUCACACAGAAAAUGGCUAGUUUAUAAUAAUAUAGUUUCGGGACAUUACUGUGGAAGUAUUAACUCAGUAGCCAUUGGAGAUGCAACAAAUAAUGAAAAUGCUACUUUAGAAACAAUUGAUCUUCAUAUAAAAGAAGACUAUAUUUUACAGUUUAUGAUAUCUUUAGGAUGCAAUGCUUCAUGGAAUGAUCCAAUAAUACCUGUCAAAUUAGAAUUUUCAAUUGAUUUUGGACAAACAUGGCAUUAUGUUACUCCUCAGUUUUUACCAUCUGAUCCUGGAUUUUCAGGAGUUGCACAGUUUCCAUCAAUAUAUCAAGCACCUAUGAAAUGGCAAAGAAUUACCAUUCCUUUAACUGGAUUAGCUAAAUCCAAAUGGACUCGUUUUCAUUGGAAUCAAGAAGCAACUCAAGAACUUUCAGUUUCACAUAAUUGGGGUAUAAAAGAUAUUUACAUUGGUCCAGCCUGUAAAUAUAAUUGUUUUGGACAUGGUUCCUGUUAUAAAUUCCAAUGUAAAUGUGAUAAAGGAUAUUCUGGAGAGUAUUGUAGAAAUGUAACAGCAAAUAUAGUAAGUUCUAACACUAUAAAAAAUAAAUAUUGUCAUUCUACUUAUGGUAAUUCAAUGGUAUGGCUAACUGAUACAGAGAAUGGAGAAAGAAGAAUUUCUUGGAAUUUAAUACAUGAAUUAGACUAUACAUUAUAUUCUACUCCCCGAAGCGAUUAUUUAUUAAUACCUACAAUAGCAAGAUCACCAGCUACCAGAAUUCGUUGGUGGCAAGCUACUAAUUUGGGAAUUAAUGAAAAUUAUAAAGAAUACCUUAUUCCUGCUUGGUCUCUUGACGAUAUACAUAUUGGUGGCUCACAAAUAAAUCCUCCAGAAUUAUAUGAAGACUUUGAAAAUGGCAUUGAUGAACAAAAUUGGUGGUUUCAUCCACAUGGGCAGAUAAAAAAUAAAUAUUGUCAUUCUACUUAUGGUAAUUCAAUGGUAUGGCUAACUGAUACAGAGAAUGGAGAAAGAAGUAUAACUACAAGAGAACUUAUUAUUGGCGAAAAUUAUAUGAUUCAGUUUAGGAUAAUUGUUGACUGUGAUCAAUUGCAUCAGUGUAUCACAAACCACAAUAUUAAAUUAGAAUAUAGUAAAAAUCCAGGAUCAAAUAUGUGGGAAGAAGUUCAAUAUGAUUGUUUGCCUAGUAAUUCAAUGGAUCAUCCUGACUGUUCACCUUACCAGUUACAUUUAUCUAGUCAAUAUUCUGCAAAUGGUUUUAAUACAUGGACAUUAAUUACAAUAAUGCUGCCUGAGAAAACAUAUUCCAGUUCUACACAAUUCAGAUGGAUACAAAAUUCAGAAAAUUCCACAAACAGACCUAUCUCUCUGCCAUCAUGGGGUUUAGAUGAUGUAUAUAUUGGUGAGAUGUGCCCAUCAAUGUGUUGGGGAAGAGGAAAAUGCAUUAAAGGAAUAUGUAACUGUGAUACUGGAUUCUCUGGUCCAGAUUGUUAUCCUUCAAGUAAUAUAAUCAAUGGUAUAUUACUGCUUACAUCUUUCACUGAUGGCUUUGAAGAAGGUAUAAAAUCAAGUAUAUGGUGUAAUAUAUCAGGUGGAAGACUGAGUGUGGAUUGUGGCAAUUUUGCACCAAAUGGACAUGGAAAACAUUUAUAUUUUAGUGAUUGUGGUUUACGUCAAGCUAUGACAUGUGAACUUGAUGGCACCAGCACUAGUAAAAUAAUGUUUGUUAUUCGAAUUGGAACACCUGAAGGUUCUGCAUCGUGUCAUAUCAAUUCACAAACUCAACGACUAAGUGAUAAAUCAGUUUUAUUUCAGUACACCGUGAAUAAUGGUAUAACAUGGGAAUUAAUUGCAAUCCAUUCACCUCAAGAUUUUUUGACGCCCAGAAGAGUUGUUUAUGAAAUACCUAACGAAGCAAAAGUGUAUGGAGUUAAAUUUCGAUGGUGGCAACCUUUUCACGACGGUCCGGGUCACGACCAGUGGGCUUUAGAUAACGUAGAAAUUAUUGCGUUGGCCCAGCAAGAUGGGAAACGUUAUCGUCUCGGCGGAAGAAGACACUUCAAGUGAUAAACAAUGAUUUAUUAUCAAGUCCUCG